UACGUGCUCUCGAGCACUCAGGUGCAUUCAUGCAUCGCUUGAAAAUCCCAAACUCACCGAGGAAGCAGCAGUUUUCCACCAUGAGCACAAAAUCACGGAACAACAACAGCAUAAGAUCCCACUAAACGUCAGUCAUUUAGGCAACUGCGCUUCGAGCGCGUCUGUUGUUCGAAAUAGCGAAAACAGCUGAUAUUCGGCUUGAUGGAAGUUCCUGAUAUUGAUGGAUUAAAUCUAGCAGGCGAAGGUGACGAUGACGAUGAUGGUGAUUUGGAGGCUGAAUUACUGGCUCUUACAGGUGGUGGAGGUGUCCAGAAGCCACGUCAACGAGGUAAACCUGCAGUGUCUGCAGGGAAUUUGGAUAGGAUGGUUAAUGAAUGCAUGAGAGAUGACUAUGAUGAUGAAAUGGUAGAUGAAGAUGACCCAGAGCUCCUGGCAGAGUUAUCUGCUCUUGGUCCUGGAGAUGAUGAUGAUGAUUCUCCUCCACCUGCGCCUGUUAGAGCAGCUCCAGCACCUCCAACUAGACCAUCCCCAGAUCCACCUGCAAAUGAUUAUCGUAAUCCAGAACCCACUGUACCAAGACAGAAACCAAUGGCUGGAGGAAGCAAUCUGGUGGCACUAUUAGCAGAGAGAAUAUCGAUGUAUGAAGAGGCUGAGGCAAAUGCCAAAGCUUCUGGAGAAACAUCUAGGGCCCGCAGGUUUAAUCGAGGUCUCAAAACAUUACGUCAAAUGGAAAAAGCUGCCAAAGCGGGAAGGCCUGUAAAUGAAGAUGAAAUUCCUCCAGCUGUUGUUGUUAAAUUAUCUGGAAAAGGCUCAGAUACAUCAUCUGCAGGUGUGCCCUCUUCUGAAGACACUCUGCCCCCACCACCGUUACCUCCCCACAUCAGAGACCCCUCCGCUACUCCCAGUUCAAUAUUGCAUGAUGCAGCUUUUCAAGACCAGGAUGGGCCACCUGUGAAUGUCACGCCUAGAUUACCUCCACAGCCACAGAAUUCAACAGAGAGCAAUAAGCCACCCCUUCAGAGAACCACAUCAACAUCAAGUGGUCCCCUGAGACGAACAGUUUCAUUGUCAGGCACCGCAGGUGUUAUACAGGCCCGUCAAAAUGAAUAUAAAUUGGCAGCAUUGGCAGCAAAAAAACGUGGUGACAAAGAAUCUGCUGUUUACUUCAUGAGGGUCAUGAAACGUUUUGAUCCACUAAUAGCUGCAGCUGAGAGUGGUCAGGUUAUAGAUUUAGCAAUGUUACCUGGACCUCCAGGUAAUACUGCUCCACCAGCAAGCACUGCAACUGCAACCACUCCUCCAACACAAGAUAAACAGACUGAAUCACCCAACAGCAUUCCUGAAGGGCCAAGUAAUACAGCUCCAGAUGUUCCUAAUGCCUCUGGGCCUGCAUCUCCGUCAUCUGUGAUGGAAGCUCUUGAGCAGCGGUUGGCUAAAUACACCGAACAAAGAGACAAAGCAAGGAGUGAAGAGAAUGCUCGAAAGGAACGCAUGAACCAGCGCAUCAUGAAACAAUAUCAGGAUGCUAUUAAACUCCAUAAAGCUGGAAAGCCUGUGGACUUUGAUGAACUUCCCACCCCUCCUGGGUUUCCUCCCUUACCUGUUGCUGGUGGAGGUGGUCCAGCUCCUGCACCAGCUCCUUCAGCACCAGGAGCCCCAGCUGCUGAUACUGAAGGUGCAUCCCCUCCAAAACAGGCUCGUGCAGCUGCUCCACAGCCUCCUGGUGCAAAGAAAGCUCCUGCUGCACCCAAUGUUCGUAAUGCACCCCAGUCGAGAGUGGAGAAGCAACUUGCUUUCUUAGUCAAGAGACAGGGACAAUUUAAACAAGCAGCAUUAGAAGCUAAGAAGCGAGGGGAAAUAGAACAAGCCAAAGAAUAUUUGCGGAUGAGUAAAGGAUUUGACCAGCUCAUUGAGGCCACCAAAGGUGGAUUACCUGUUGAUAUGAAUACAGUACCUGUACCACCCCAAGAACAAGUCAGUCCUACAAAUAUUGACUUUGAAGUUGUUAAUGCAGAAGACUGUGUCGUUGCUCCUCCACAUGUCAGUGGGGACGUAACUAUCAUCUACACCAAGCUUGAAGAGGACUUGAUUGCUCAAAUUAAGAUGUGUGCUCAGACCAGAGAACACUUUAAAGCUACAGGAGAUGUUGCAAGUUCUAAUCGAUUUGAGCAGCUGAUUGUUCACACAAAGAAAGAUCUUGAUGCAGUUCGGGCAGCCUUCAAACGUGGAGACAAUCCUCCACGUUUCCACUAUGAAAACAGAUCAUUCAACAUUAUUCAGUGUAACACAGAUUUGAAUGAUUCUGAUUGUGAAGUCACUGUUGUUAGAGGAGUUAAUUUCAACGUGGACAACCCAAAGGAUGUUGAUACCUAUGUGAAAAUAGAAUUUCCUUAUCCAUCAGAAAAUCCACCACAAGACAGAUCGUAUGUAGUCAAGGACACCAACAAUCCAGAGUACAAUCACAAAAUUGUCUUCAGUAUAGAUCGCAAGUCCAGGGCUCUAGCUCGUGUCUUUAAGAGGCAUGGUGUGAAAGUUCAGGUUAUAGCAAAGGGUGGUUGGUUUCAUCGAGACACCUUAAUAGGAUCUGUGAAGGUUCCUCUGGUGUCGUUGGAAACAAAGUGUACUCUUCAUGACUCCUUUGAUUUGACUGAUGAGCGCAAGAAGAUGGUUGGGGGUAAGUUAGAAGUCAAAAUACGUGUACGGAAUCCUAUUGUAGCAAAACAAUUAGAGAAGGUGACAGAAAAAUGGUUAGUAAUUGAUGGCUUUUGAAACUUGACCAUCAUAUAUUCGGUAGGUUAUUUGCAUUGUUUUUGAUGCAAAGCUUAUUAAGAAUAUAAUUGUGUAGAUCACAGUUUCUAUUUUGUCCCACCAUAGAGGUUUAGUUUAAGGGUAUAUUUUAUGCAUUUCUCAAGACAUGUAUCAGGAGAAACUUAAUGCUUUUAUGUACAGUGCAUUUUUAUAAUGAUUGAUUUUUACAAAGAGUUAUAAAACCUUAUCUAUCAAAUGUGGGUAUGAAUAAUUUUUAUUCUGUAAUAGUUGCUGCUAUUCAUCAGGGGUCAUUGAUCCUUGAAGAGCUUUAAUAGUCACUUUUGUCCACUGUAUCGUUUUUGAUACUCGAUUAUGACAGAAGUAAAGAUAGAUGUCUAUUUAUUGUAUUAAUUUUUGUUUUUUUCAUAUUUCAACUUUUUAUGAUGCUUUAUUUGAAUUAUGUUAAGCAAACAGUUUGUUGUAAAGCUUCUUUGACUUGAAAAAUGUUUUAGUUGCCUAGAAAGUUCUGCAUACCCAUUGUAUAUAGUUUGAUAGUGGACUGACUAUAUUUGUCCAAUUUGAAAGAUAUACAUAUAGGAACUUUUUUUGCUGAAUGCGCUUCACUUUGACAUAAUUAAUUUUUUAAAAUAAUGUUAGGAUACUUGAUUUUUGUUGAUUCUGAAAAGAUUAUGUUAAUGCUUGCUCAUCUAUUCUGCAGGGCACAUAUAAUAAAUAUCAUCUGUGAUUUAGUUUUAGAUCAAGUUUAUGUACAGCCAUCACCACCUAACCAUAUACAAAAAAACACUAAAAAAGCAGUUGUGACAUACUGUAGUUUCAAUACUGGAAUUAGUAACUGUGUAUAUUAAUUGCCUGGCUGCAUUUUAUAGAAUGUCCUUCAGAUUGCAUACUUGAUAUUCCAUAGUAUGUAUAUAUAAUUUCAUUAUACUGGGAAUAGAUCUUUUGAGUCAUCAAAUUAAAAUUUUAAUUGAAGAGUUGUUUGCCUCAGUCAUCUGUUCAUUAGUGUUAAGGAAUUCUUACAGGAGGUCUGGUUAUAUGUAGUGAAUCCAUUUUCUUCAUGAACAGUGUAGGUUGGUGCGGUUAGGAGCUAUUGUAUUGAAGUAAGGUGUUUCAUUAAUUUGUAUGAAAAAUGUUUUUUUUUUUUUUUGUUGCAAAAAAUGUUGCUUUUGUUUUCAUGCUAAGUUUUUUUGUUCAGAAGAAUUCACCAUGAUUAAGUGCUAUUGUUCCUAUAUUAAGAAAAGGGUUUGAAUCAGUUUCAGCUUCAUUGUGUAGAAUUGAAUAGUUUAUCAUUUUCUAGUGAGUGGUGAUAACUGACUUAGAUCAUCAUGGAAAGUAAUGUAGUGAUUUCUUUUAUAAUAUUAGGUGAUAUUCUCUAUCAAUCAUCCAAUUAAUCUGUAUUUUUAAUUAUUGCAAAAGGAAUGUAAACUAGUAUUUUUUAUAUUUUGAUCUUAUGAAAGCCAUCAAAUUUUCUUUGGAUUUUAUGAGCCAGGAAUGGAAGGGUAUGGUUGUUUUGGAGUGAAAUUCCUUUUUAAAGCAUACUAUGAAUUAAAAUCUUUGAUUUUUCCUUUCUCUUUUCAUUUACUUUAAUGUUUAUCACUUUGCAGUAGUACUUAUAACUCGUCAAAAUGUGCCACUUGCUUUAAUUAAAAUGGUAUACGGUAAAGCAGUGAUUGAUAUUCAAAACUAAUAAUAGGGGGAAUAUGUUCCUUGUACCUUGAAAUCCAAUUACUACUUUGUUCAUUUUUUUAAUGGAAUUUACUUAGUUUGAAUUUAAUGGUAAUAUUCAUAUUUGAUCUAUUAUGCAAGAGUACCUAUUUUGAGAUGUUCACAAAAGGGUGUGAAACUGUAUGUUUUCAAAGGCAAUGUGUGCAGUUAUUUCGAGUUCAGUGUCUUUUUGUAAAAGAAAAUUUAUGUAUGUUAUGUUACUAUACAUAAUUAUGCAGCUCUUAUGUAUUAAAAAGUAAAAUUGAUCUGGGCUACAAAUUCAAAGUACAGUAUUAUUCUUGUUUUAAAUUUUUGAUACAAGUACUUCUAGUGCUGGUGAAAUUGGACUCUAGCGUGUUUAAUGUAUCCCACUUGGAACUGAAAAGGGACUAUGUGUAGGUAUUAUUCAAUCCCCUUCAUCUUAUGCAAAGUAAUCUCAAGAUUACAAAUGUACCCAAACUCUGUAGUUAUGGAGGCAAGUAUUUUUUUUUUUAUCUCAGCAAUCCUUUGUACUCUCAUAAAUAAUGAUUGAUCACUAAUAAAUUGCUGAUUAGAAGGCCAUUUUGAAGUGGUAACUUUAAUGUGUUCAGCUUGCUUCGUCUUUCUUAAAACAUUGUCAAAAUACCUUUCUUCAGGGUACUGUCUGUUAUAAUUCAGCUUUGCAUGCUUCAGUUUACAUGUAAAGUUCCUGUUGAACAUCAUUACUGAAGAACUCUUGUGUUUUUCAGGGACUGAAAGGUGCGCUCUCUCUCUCUCUCUCUCUCUCUCUCUCUCUCUCUCUCUCUCUCUCUCUCUCUCUCUCUCUCUCUCUCUCUCUCUCUCUCUCUCAUAUGUUUCUUGUUACUGGUAUGAUUUUGUUAAAAAAGGGAAGAGUGCAAUAAGAUUAUCAUCUGAGUUCCUCAGUUACAAAUAUUGUAUGCACUAACCGUAAACUGUACGCAUAAGAGAAGUACCUAUGAUUGUGAUGAACCUCCGAUUGUAUUUUUCAGUGAGGAAAUUUUUGUGUUUUCUUUUACACAGUUUAUGCUAAUAGUAAGUUAAGUUUUUCAGUGACGAAGAUUUUUUUCCUGUAAACACAGUUUAUGCUAUUUGUUAGUUUGAUUUUGUAGCAUAGCAUGACAAGUGGACGACUGGAUAUGGUAAACAGCAUUAUUAUUAUUAAUUAUAAAGGAUUACAUUGUUUAUCCAGAUCUCUGAGCCUAGUAAAGGCUCUUCUUGGGCACAGCAGAGGUAUUUCAAAUCUAUUUAAGGGGUUGUAGUGGUCACAAUUAGAUUGUUCAAAGAUGUACAUGUUUAGUUAUUUGCUGCCAUAUUAUCUCAUAAUAUUUUUGUAGCUUACUCAAGGUUGCCUGCAUCAGUGGCGAGUUGAAUUUUCAUGUCUUGCCAGAAGUGCCUGUGUAUGUAGAAUUUAUACUGUUUCAUUGAUAUAUUUUACUGUAAUUAUUAUUACUAUAAGAUCUUGUGUUUCCAGCUUAUUGACCAGUGUUCAAUGUUGAUAUUUAGCUAAGCUUAUUUACACUGUAAUGAAAAAUAAAAUUAUUUAACAGAUCAUAGA